CCGCCCCGGGUUCUGCAUUGCCCCCGGCCGUUCCUUUCCCUCCCGCAACUUGAGAAAGUUUCUCUCCCCACCACCACUUUUUUUUUAAAAAAAAAAAAAACUUUUUUUUUUUUUUUUGCUUAGAGGGAAAAAACAAUAAUAAACUUUUGCAAACUUUUUUUUUUUCCAGCUUUUUUUCCUCCUUUCCUUCACGCUGGUGGAGACUUCGUCUCUCCUCGUUUUACUUUUUUAACCCUUCCCUACCCCCUUAACCAUCUGACUUUUUUAUUAUCGUUAUUUUUUCAUCCCCUGUUCCCCCCUCUGCCACUUUCUCGCAUGAAUCUCCUAGACCCCUUCAUGAAAAUGACAGAAGAACAGGAUAAAUGUAUCUCCGACGCCCCCAGCCCCACCAUGUCGGACGAUUCCGCUGGGUCUCCCUGUCCCUCUGGAUCCGGCUCGGACACGGAGAACACCAGACCCCAAGAAAACACCUUCCCCAAGGGUGACCCGGACCUGAAGAAGGAGAGCGACGAGGACAAGUUCCCGGUGUGCAUCCGAGAGGCGGUGAGCCAAGUGCUCAAGGGCUACGACUGGACCCUGGUCCCCAUGCCAGUCCGGGUGAACGGCUCCAGCAAAAACAAACCCCACGUGAAGAGACCCAUGAACGCCUUCAUGGUGUGGGCACAGGCGGCCCGGAGGAAGCUGGCGGACCAGUACCCGCAUCUGCACAACGCCGAGCUCAGCAAAACCCUGGGCAAGCUCUGGAGGCUGCUAAACGAGAGCGAGAAGCGUCCGUUCGUGGAGGAGGCCGAGCGGCUGCGGGUGCAACACAAGAAGGACCAUCCUGACUACAAGUACCAGCCACGGCGGAGAAAGUCAGUGAAGAACGGGCAGUCGGAGCAGGAGGAGGGCUCUGAGCAGACCCACAUCUCCCCCAACGCCAUCUUCAAGGCGCUGCAGGCAGAUUCCCCACAGUCAUCCUCCAGCAUCAGCGAGGUGCACUCCCCUGGGGAGCACUCGGGACAAUCGCAGGGUCCCCCCACGCCCCCCACCACCCCCAAGACGGACACACAGCCGGGCAAGCAGGACCUGAAGCGGGAGGGCCGCCCCCUCCAAGAAGGCGGCCGCCAGCCGCCCCACAUCGACUUCCGAGACGUGGACAUCGGCGAGCUGAGCAGCGACGUCAUCUCCAACAUCGAGACCUUCGACGUCAACGAGUUCGACCAGUACCUCCCCCCAAACGGGCACCCGGGGGUCCCGGCCACCCACGGGCAGCCCGGCCAGGUCACCUACACCGGUAGCUACGGCAUCAGCAGCACGACGGGCUCUCAGAGCGGGGCCGGGCACGUCUGGCUGUCGAAGCAGCAGCCGCAGCCGCCGCCGCAGCCCCCGGCCCAGGCGCAGCACGGGGGGCUGCCGGCGCUGAGCGGGGAGCAGGGCCCGGCGCAGCAGAGGACGCACAUCAAGACGGAGCAGCUGAGCCCCAGCCACUACAGCGAGCAGCAGCAGCACUCCCCGCAGCAGCUCAACUACAGCUCCUUCAACCUCCAGCACUACGGCUCCUCCUACCCCACCAUCACCCGCUCCCAGUACGACUACACCGACCACCAGAACUCCAGCUCCUACUACAGCCACGCGGCCGGGCAGAGCAGCAGCCUCUACUCCACCUUCACCUACAUGAACCCCACGCAGCGCCCCAUGUACACCCCCAUUGCAGACACUUCUGGGGUCCCCUCCAUCCCCCAGACCCACAGCCCGCAGCACUGGGAACAGCCCGUCUACACACAGCUCACCAGGCCCUAAAAGCCGUUUAAAAAAAAAAAAAGUAAAAAUAAACAACCAACAAGAAAGGUUUAAAAAAAACAAACAAAACAAAAUUAUCACAAAAAGCAGGGAAGCAGCAAGAAGAUGGGAGAACUUCCUCAGACUUAUUCCUUCUUUGAAAUUAAAAGAAUAAUGAAUAAAAGAUGCUAAAGUUAAAGCUGGCAGGGAGGAGAGAGUGCCUCAGCCUUCUGCACUACAGCAUCCACCCACCCACCCACCCUUCCAUCCUCCAGGAAGGGGCCCGGCAGCUCCCAGAGCUGGAAAAACUCGGUACAGACUUUCCAAGGACUGGACUUUAACUCUGCUUCCCCGGGCAGAUGAGAUUUCUAACCCAACCACCUCAGCUGUCUUGUUCUCUGGACUUUUGUAAUGAAUUAUUAUUUUUUUUUAGCAGUAAUUAAACAAAAAAAAGAAAAUAAAAAAAAUUGGGGGAGGGGGGAAAGAGAGAACUCAGAGUCCUCUGUGAGGAAUAUUCUCUAUUUUAAAUAUUUUUUAGUAUGUACUGUGUAUGAUUCGUUGCCGAUUGGAGGGGAUUUAUACAUAUUUUUUAGAGAUUUUUUUAAAAUGCUCUUAUUUUUCCAGCAGCUAAAAAAAAAAAAUAAUGACACUUAGUGGAGCAGUCCUAGGUUUUCUUGCAGUCAAAGGUAUUUUUGUAUAGAUAAAGUGUCUUUUUCUCUAAAAAUAAAGAAGCAAACUGCUUUGAACUGGGAACACAGCUCUGCAGCCUGGGAGACAUGAGCUGAGACUGCGUGGGGACAAGCAUGGGAGAGGCUUUAUUUUUCUAACUCAUAGCAAGACGGGCCAGGAGGAGAUUUUUAACUUUAUUUUUUAAUAACCCUGAGCCUUAAGAAAGAAAAACAAAUAGUUUUUUUUUUAAAAAAAAGCAAUAAUAAAAAAACCCCAGCAAGAAGUGCUGUUGGGAAGCCUUCAGAUCAGCCCUGGGAUAAUCACUUGUCCCCAGCUCUGCCUGUCCCUGGGGGCUGGGGGGGCUGAGCUUGAUCCCCUCCAAUCAACCCCCCCAUCCAGGGGCUCCUCUCUGCUUGUGGGACAUCACAGAUACUAUACAUUAUUUAUUUUGUGAGAAGAGCAGUUUUUAAUCACAAUUGUCUUUUUUUUUUAUUUUAAUCUCCCUCCUAUUUUAAGUCCUUUCAAAAGCAAUUGCAUUUGUCAGAGCAUUAUUUGGAAGGUAACCGUGCCUGUUAAAUUAUGGUCUAAACUGUAACCAGUCCUUUAUUUAUCUCUUUAAUUCUUUUUUAUUAUUAUUAUUCUUUUUUGUUUUGUUUUUUUUAAAUCUGUGUCCUGGGUUUGUACAAACUUGUGCUCUUCCUUUUUUUUUUCUUAAGGAUAAACUGGAAAAAGAAAAAAAAUUGUACAAACUUCAAGAUUGCAAAUGUAGCAAAUCACUGAAUCAUUUGCCUUGUUUUCUGCCUCAGCUCUCUGGGACACACAAGCUCGUGCAAGGACCAGACCCAAGGCCCCAGCCGUGCCAUUUUAGCCUUCCACCCCCCCAAAACUGGCUUGAGGUGGGGACACUGACUUUGGUGAAGCUGUGGCUAAACAGUUAAGGAUUGCUUUUUAAAAAAGACAGCAAACUUUUUUUUUUUAUUUAAAAAAAAAUUGAUAUAUUUGUUAACACUUUUUUUAGGGAUUCAGUAGAAGAAAAAAAUCUUAAAGCACUCUUAUAAUAUGGCAUCUUCCUAUUUCUGUAUAAAAGCAGAUCUUUUUAAAGUAUUUCUGUAACUUAAAAGACCUGUCAUUUAAAUCAUAUUUUGUCUUUAGGUAAGUUUUUUGUUUUGUUUGCAAGAUCCUUCUCUUUGUGAAACUUACCUUUUUUUUGUAUAUUAUUGUUUGCAAUAAAUAUACAUUGUAUUAAAAGUUAAA